CGGGGCGGCAGGUCGGGGCCGCUGCCGCGGCGCUGCCGAAGGGGCCGGCGGGGCGGCGGGGCGGUGGCGGCGGCGCCUCCCCGCCCCGGCGGUGCCGCGGGGAGGGCGGAGAGCGCCCGGCGGAGCGGCGCGGCGCGGCGGAGAGCGGUCUGGAGGACGCGGCGUUGGUGGGACGAGGGCCUGAUCCUGCUGGCACCUUUGGAGGAAGGAGCAUCCCUCUCCAGGAGUUUCUCCUCGGUGGCCGGAGGCGUGCUGGUGGGACCGCGUUUGCAACAUGCUCUUUGCCCUUAAACCACCCCCACCGUGCUGAGUCCUGGUUGUGAAGCUGUCUGUGCUGUACUGGGGACAAGUGGGACAACUUGCUAAAAGCAGACGUGUUUUUGUGGUUAGAGAUGAACUCGCCUUGGCACGAAACACGUAACCAGGCUGGCAAAGAGACUGCUUAGCCCUCUCAUGCAAGAUUUCUUCAGAAGUAAAGAAGCACAAAAGGAGACGUUUUGUUCUUUCAAAAUAACUGGAACCACUGGCAAGAAGCAGCAACGCUGUGCAUUGAACAAGGGAACCAUUUCCAGAUUAUCAAAACAUGCUGUUGAACUGAAUUUUGCAGCUGCAUUUUCAAAUGUACCAUGGGAUGCAUCAAAUCCAAGGACGCCUUUCCAGGUUCAAAUGCUAUCCAGGAUGAACGGAUCAGGGGAGGUAAUGAAGGAUGCACUGGGGAGAAAUCAUCGCUGAUAGCGGUGAAGGUGGACGAGAAGGGUCCAUCAAGCACGAUAGUGCUAGACUAUGCACACCGUCUCUCCCAUGAGAUUCUUGAUCAGGCGGUGAAACAGUGGGCAGUGACGGAAAGCAAAUACAGCGACAUCCCUUAUAUCGAAAGCGAUGUGCCCUGAGCCCUGACUGGCAAGAACUGUCUUCACAGUGGGUGUCCUGGCUGUUAAGCAGUUUGUAUUUGGUACCAGUGCAAAUAAAGUAAAAUCAGCUGUGAUUUGAGCAUAAUGCCACUAUAUGAGUGUGUUUGCAAUGAGAGGCUGAAAAAAUUUGCCUUUAAAUCUAUAUUGCUAAGAAACUAAUUGGAUUAUAGUAGAAUCUAUUAAUCAAGUCUCACUUGUUAUCAGCCGUAUUUUGAGUAUAUUCUGUCUUUGUAUGUGUUGAAUGUGAUCAGAAAUCAGUGUUUAAAAAAAGGAGGAGAAGAACGUGGUUGCCCUGCAACUGUAGAAGUGCUGCCACAGAGGCCCCAAAGAUGCUUAAGAACAAAGUGUGGAUUAUUUUUAUGUACUACAUAAAAAAUCAGAGGCCUCUUUGUAGGUGAAAAGAGAAGAACUCUCUGUGCUUGGUAAAUUUGCCUGCAUUUUGCUAAAGUGAAACCAAGGUCUACAUGUAGCAAAGGUAACUGCUGUUAUAGAUUUUACUUUGAUUCUUUGACCUGACUAAAUCUGUAAGCCACAAAAUAAUGAAGGCGAUGAGAAGCAUUUUAUAAAACCAAGUAGUAUUCAGGGAACCAUAUGGAUUAUGAUAAUAUUCAACUUCCAGUCUUAAGCGAACCAAUGAGAAACAUUACAAUAUUGAUGAACAGUGCAUUAUAAUUAACAGAUGCUCUGGAGUCUGUAAAUGCAUGAAGGCUAUUCUUUAAAAUCCUGCAGUAAGAUAGUUUAAUUACAUCCGAUCACUGUGUUCAGCCAAAGCUGUUCGGUUUUUUGGUUUGAGGGUUUUGUGUUGUUUUUUUCUGUCUUUG